GAGGCCUGGCUGGCUGCGUCCGGGAUGGUCAAGCAAGCGGGAUCAUGGAGUCUUCCAGGACCUUCAUGAGACAUCUGCCAAUCACACCAGGCUACAGUGGCUUUGUGCCCUACCUCAGCUGCCAGCAGGCCACCAGCAAGGACAGCAUGGCCCACUGUCUGAAGAUCUUCCAGGAGAUCACACAACGCUAUAAAAACCAGAUGGAGGAAUUUCGUUGCUCGGUAGCCACUGCCCGGAGGCUGAAGCCCGUCUGCUCCGAGGAGACCGUCCUGCGGGCGCUGCACCAGUAUUACCGGCAAUAUCACCCCCUGUGUCUGGAAUGCAAAAACAUCAAGAAACCCCUCUAUGAGCCCCCAAUCCCGGGCUGGGCUGGCUACCUCCCAAGAGCCAGGGUCACCGAAUUAGGCUGUGCCACGCGGUACACUGUCAUGGCCAGAAACUGCUACAGGGACUUCCUGGGCAUCAUGGAGCAGGCCAGGAUGGCACACCUGAAGCCAUUUGAGGAAAUGUAUGGCGACAGGUCCACCCAACCUCCUUCCGUCCCUUCUCCAAAAGUUUUGCAGCAUGAAGGACCGCUGCCCAAAUGUCUGGAGUUUUCUGUCGCAGGUGGCAGCUGUCUUGCCCACGGGAGACCCCUGACAGAGGAACCCAGACCUCCAGUGACAUGUGGCUGUGCCCAAGGGACAAAUAUGUUGUGCAGCGGGAAGAUUUACCUCGAGCCACUGUUCUCAGCAAAGUAUGCGGAAAGCUGAGGCAGACAGCCUGCCAAGGAGAGGUGAACGUAGCAGGAGACUCAGAAACUCAUCACUCUUGCAUGAGAACCAGCCCCUCACCCACACCCAACAGGCCCUAGGAAAAUUUCAAAACCUAAGAAUCCUUUCAACUGCCACCGGCUCGCUGUCUGUUUGGCAACAGCAUGUCAUUAAUGAUAAAGACCUUUCACUGCGGUGUGGGAAUAAAGAAGCUACUUCUCAGCAUGCUGAAGGUUUCUGUGGGGGCUGGGGGUUCCUAGGUUGUGUUGACCUUGAGAAGAGCCGGGGUGAGGCUCAUCUCUUCCUUACCUUGAGGUGACAUUGUGCACCUGGAUCAGACUCUUAUGGAAGCCCUAGCCCAGCACACUAACCAACCAGCGGUCCCUGUCAGCCAUCUUGGGUCCUGACGUGGUGGCACGACGGUAUGCCCACCCAACCCUGGUGUUUCAGAAUCCCACUCCUCAGGA